CUUUUCCGGAUCACUUAUGGGAGGAGGGUGGCGCGCAGAGUGGCCCUCUCGGUCUUCCAAGGAUCGAAGCAUCAGCUGGAAGACAGAGGAUGCUAAUAAGACCACUCCAGACAACUGAGAAUAACAACAUUGAAAAGGAAAGCAAAUCAAGCUAGAAAUCAAAAUAUUUUCCAUUUCCUUCAGAAACCACACAAUUCGCCUUCUUCCCCAGCAAGUGAUAGACAAAAGAGAGAAAAUCAAGAAAAGGUUUCAAACUGGAAAAAGUAGAGUAUGUGGAACUGAAGGAUACAAACAUGAAAAGGUCAAGGCAGAUUAUUUUUCCAUUCAAAAAAAUAGGGAAAUAUCUAAAAGAUAGUUGGGAGAAAAAGAUCAUUUGGGACGCCACGUCAAGCAGACAAUAAUGCAGGUCUCGCCCUGGGAGCAAGAAAAGAGUAACCAAAUCAACACUAAACAAGGGAUCACACACAUAAUUUUGACAUCCUCAAGAAUAUCAGUGGUGGAAAAGCUCCACCAAUGAGCAUAUCAUUGGAAAGGUGCAGAUUUCAAAUCAUAGAUGAUUAUGAACAAAAGGGUCCAUUUUGGAGAAAAGUACUCUGAAGAUGUCAAAAGCCUUUGUCAGAACAGCUCCCUUGUGGUUUAUGGAAGGACCCACAAAGUAGAAGAGCCCCACAAGUGCUCCCAAUGCGGUAAAUCAUUUUCGAGCAUGGCCACUUGAUGAUAACACUGGCUUCACACCAGGGAGAAGCCCUAUGAUUUCUCUGAUUGUGGAAAAAGUUUCAGUCAGAACUCCAGCCUGGUGAUACACUAGAGGAUGCAGAGAGAAAAGAAAUCAUAUGAGUGCCCUGAUUGUGGGAAACGUUUCAAGGCAGAUUCCCACCUCGUGAGACACAAGAGGUCUCACACAGGAGAGAAACCCUUUCAAUGUCCUGACUGUGGGAAAAGUUUCAGUCAGAGGUCUGGCAUGGUGAUACACCAGAGAAAUCACACAGGAGAGAAACCAUAUGAGUGUCCAGAUUGUGAGAAAAGUUUCAUUAGAAAAUUCCAGCUCACGAGUCACCAGAGAAUACACAUAGGAGAGAAACCCGUUGAAACUCCUAAUUGUGGGGAACGUUUCAGUCAGAAUUAUGAACUGGUGAUUCACCAGAGAAAUCACACAGGAGAAAAAUGUUUUGAAUGUGCUCUUUGUGGGAAAAGUUUCAGUCACAAUUCCAGCCUGGUGAUACACCAGAGGACUCACACAGGAGAAAAACCAUAUGAGUGUCCAGAUUGUGGGAAAAGUUUCAUUAGAAAAUUCCAGCUCACAAGUCACCAAACAAUACACACAGGAGAGAAACCCUUUGAAUGUCCUGAUUGCGGGAAACGUUUCCGUCAGAACUCCUGCCUGGUGAGACACCAGAGGACUCACACGGGAGACAAAUAUUUUGAAUGUGCUCUUUGUGGGAAAAGUUUCAGUCACAAUUCCAGCCUGGUGAUACACCAGAGGACUCACACAGGAGAGAAACCAUAUGAGUGUCCAGAUUGUGGGAAAACUUUCAGUCACAAUUCCAAUCUGGUGAAGCAUCAGAAAACUCACACAGGAGAGAAGCCCUUUCAGUGUCCUGAUUGUGAGAAAAGUUUCAGUCAGAAUUAUGAACUGGCAACACACCAGAGAAAGCACACAGGAGAGAAACCAUAUGAAUGUCCAGUUUGUGGGAAAAGUUUCAGUCACAAUUCCAGCCUAGUGAAGCAUCAGAGGAUUCACACAGGAGAAAAACCAUUUGAAUGUCCUGACUGUGGGAAAAGUUUCAGUCAGAAUUAUGAAUUGAUGAUACACCAGAGAAAUCACAAACGAGAGGAAAUGUAUGAAUGUCCAGAAUGUGGGAAAAGUUUCAAUCAGAAUUCUAACCUGGUGAAACACCAAAAAAUACAUACAGGGGAGAAACCUUUUGAAUGUCCUAUUUGUGGGAAAAGUUUUAGUCAGUACUGCAGCCUGGUGAAUCACCAGAGAACUCACACAGGAGAGAAACCUUUUGAAUGUCCUGAUUGUGGGAAGAGUUUCACUCACAAUUCCUAUCUAGUGAACCACCAGAGGAGUCAUACAGGAGAGAAAUCAUAUGAGUGUCCUGAUUGUGGGAAAAGUUUCAUUAGAAAAUUCCAGCUCACGAGUCACCAGAGGACUCACACAGGAGAAAAACCAUAUGAGUGUCCGGUUUGUGGGAAAACUUUCAGUCACAAUUCCAGCCUGGUUAACCACCUAAGGAUUCACACAGGAGAGAAACCAUAUGAGUGUCCAGUUUGUGGGAAAAGUUUCAGUUACAAUUCCGGCUUGGUUAACCACCUAAGGACUCACACGGGAGAGAAACCAUAUGAGUGUCCAGAUUGUGGGAAAACUUUCAGUCACAAUUCCAGCCUUGUUAACCACCUAAGGACUCACACAGGAGAGAAACCGUAUGAGUGUCCAGUUUGUAGGAAAAGUUUCAGUCACAAUUCCUAUCUGGUGAACCACCAGAGGACUCACACAGGAGAGAAAUCAUAUGAGUGUCCAGUUUGUGGGAAAAGUUUCAUUAGAAAAUUCCAGCUCAUAAGUCAUCAGAGGACUCACACAGGAGAAAAACCGUAUGAGUGUCCGGUUUGUGGGAAAACUUUCAGUCACAAUUCCAGCCUGAUUAACCACCGAAGGACUCAUACAGGAGAGAAACCGUAUGACUGUCCAGUUUGUGGGAAAAGUUUCAGAUACAAUUCCAGCCUGGUGAGCCACCAGAAGACUCACACAGAUGAGAAUCCGUAUAAGUGACUAGAUUGUGGGGACAGUUUCAUUAAAAUAUUUGAGCUCAUGAGUCACUAAAGGACUCACACAGGAGAGAAACCCUUUGAAUGUCCUGUUUGUGGGAAAAGUUUCAGUCUGAAUUCCAACUUGGUGAUACACCUGAGGACUCAUAUGGGAGAGACCUUUCAAAUGUCCAAUCUGUGGAUGGUACUUCAAGCAUAAGUCUCCACUUAUUGAACACAAGGAAUUUGACAUGAGGCAAAAUUUGAUGAAUUUAGAGAAAGCUUGAAUUUCAUUUCUGAUCUCCCACUGAGAGUGUUGGUGAGAAACUGACUAUUUUAAUUCUAGCCUAAUCCUUUUUAGUCCACACAUCUCAGGUUUAGACCAGUUGGCAGAGAGAAUUAAGUGGAAAUUGUUAAUUUGAUAAAAGCUAAUUACCUGUUUCUGGUUA